ACUAACAGAGAAGCGUACUCACUGUUUACGCCGAUUUCACCUCGUUAUUGUUAACAGAGAGCACUUGUCUUCGUCUGUAAAUAGAGCUCAUUGACAGAUUUACCGCUGUGUCUCAAACGGGAUAGUUUGCUUUGUGAGCUGUUAGGUCACAGGAUUUGUAUUUCCUCCUAAUGCGCUGGUGAACCUCGACACAAUGAAGUCAGAUAUACCAUACGAAAAGAUGGUUGAUGUGGAGCUAAGCAGAGGAGAAACACAUCUUGGCUCACAAAAGGUAUUAAAGGGGUCAUAUGAUGCAAUUUCUGCAUUUAUGGCUUUGUUGCCCAUGUGUGUCAUUUACAGGAUUGUUUUAGUGGAGAGUAUUCCUGAGGGACUGGUGUUUAACUCCUCAACCACUCAUCAGUCCGUAUAUGAAGCCUGGCUCAACCUUAUAUCUGGUGCUCAGACCAGUCUGGACAUCGCCUCCUUCUACUGGACUCUUACCAAUGACGACACACACACACACGAGGCCACAGCCAAUCAGGGUGAGCAGAUUCUGCAGGAACUAGGACAGCUCUCGGGGAAAGUGUCGGUCCGAAUUGCAGUCGAUAAACCAUCAAAGAAAAAACCUAUGGAUGACAUUAAGUUUCUGACUGAUUCUGGAGCUGAUGUGCGGAUGGUGAAUAUGCGAGAGCUGACGUCAGGUGUGCUGCAUACUAAAUUCUGGAUCGUGGAUAAGAAGCACAUUUACAUAGGAAGCGCCAAUAUGGACUGGAGGUCACUAACACAGGUGAAGGAGUUGGGUGCAGUUGUGUAUGACUGCAGCUGUCUUGCUAAGGAUCUUGGGAAGAUCUUCGAGGCGUAUUGGUACCUAAAUCAGACCAAGACCGUUCCUGCACACUGGCCCAAAAACUACUCCACCCUGUACAACAAGGACACACCCAUGCAGCUGUCACUCAAUGGGACCGAUGCCAGCGCCUAUCUAUCAGUAAGAGAGGUCCAGCACACUGGAUAAACUGAGCUCAAUCUU